AUGCCAAUUCCCGAAUUUCUGCGGGAGAGGACCCAAGCCGCUGUGGGCUCACUUAAUGCCCACAGAAUCCUGCUUUAUGGCGCUGUUUCAACCAUAGCUGUCACCGCCGCAAUCGUUAAUGCUUUACGGAAUUACAGUAAUUUCUACUCCGUAGCAAUUUACCUUUCCAAGAGCAGUCGCAGUGUGCUGGUUCUGGCAAAUUUCGGCCUGCUUAUAGCAUUGUUAUGUGGUCACUUGGUGCAGCAGAUCUUCUUCGGGACACUGAGAGCCCCAGAAGUCGAGCGUCUGUACGAUAGACUGUGGUUCUUCAUAACUGAAUCGCUGUUAGCGUUCACCAUCUUCCGCGACGAGUUUGACAUUCCUUUUGCCCUCAUGUUUGGCUUCUUGCUCUUCGUCAAAUCAUUCCAUUGGCUUUCCGCAGACCGCAUUGAAUGGAUGGAACAACGCCCUUAUCCUGGGCCCCCAAUCUCAUUCCAUGUCAGAAUGGCCGCCCUUUUCAUCAUUCUGUCAACCAUCGAUUUUCUCAUGUUUAUAAUUGCUGUUGAGAACACCGUCGUAUACGGUGUGGGUGGAAUGGUUCUAUUUGCCAGCGAGUAUGCCAUCCUCAUGGCUAGUGUUAGUAACACCAUCGCGAAAUAUGCACUAUCGACUUACGAACUUCAUCGUGCGGGACGCCGUGGAGGGGAAAAUGCACCUCCUUGGGAUAAUAAAAGCAUGUUUGUUUUCUAUAUCGAACUGGUCACAGACUUCCUCAAACUCAGCACAUAUCUCGUGUUCUUCACAAUCAUCAUCACAUUCUACGGCCUUCCACUUAAUAUCGUCCGCGAUGUCUACAUUACGGCUAGGUCAUUUAUCACUCGCUUACGCGCUUUACGUCGAUAUCAGACGGCGACUAGAAAUAUGGAUCAACGUUAUCCAGAUGCAACCGCCGAGGAAAUGUCGCAGAUGAACGACAGGACAUGUAUUAUUUGCCGCGAGGAAAUGAUCCCGCGCGUGAACCCUACAGAAGAUGCAGCCCAGGCUCCUGCCCAAGCAGACGGACCAAAUACCACUCCCAAGAAGUUGCCUUGUGGUCACAUCUUCCAUUUCCACUGCCUUCGUUCUUGGCUUGAGCGCCAGCAAAGUUGUCCGACUUGUCGCCGCACGGUUUUAGAUCCCAACCCCCCGGGCCCACAACCGCCCACAGGCGGAGUUCCUGUCCCCCAGCCUCCACCGCAGGCAGGAGUUCCUGUCAACCCUCAUGACCAGGGCGGUCAGAACCCUCACGGUAUGAACAACCCUCUGGGUUUUAUGGGGCGAUUAUUCGGGCCGGGCCCUGCGCAAGCAGGUCAAGGUGGACCCGCUGAACAGAAUUUACCGGUACUACAAGGCGAUCGUCCUCAAGACGUUAUCAUCCAGUACCAUAUUCAAUAUCGACCGCACGCCCCAGCCGAUGCGCCAGCUGCAGUACCGGAACCUGCGCAAGAACCAAUGCCCAUACCGCGUCUCGUUGAAUUCCAAGGUCCGGGCAAUGUCUUCCAUCCCUGGGAGAUGGAUAAUCGAUGGUUUGAUGAGCGUGCGCCUCAAGACCCUCCCACGUCCGUGCCACCGCCGAGCGCCACUACUCCAGCAACCCCCGAAGCUUCCUCGUCUUCUAGCGCCACGCCUUCAACGGUUCCUGAGUCCGCAGCAACCGCGAGUGUUGAACAACCUAUGGACCCUCGGCGCGCUGCCGCAGAAAGCGCCCUGCGUCGACAGAUGAGCGCCAAUCAGAAAGCUAACUUGCAGCCUAGUUCAGCGUCUUCCCCCACAGAUGCUGCCCCAGCGGUUGCAGCGCCUUCAACAGAUCUCGUGGUUGAACCAGCUGUACCAGAAAAUGACUUUUCGAUACCCUCGUUGAUCCCUAUCUAUGGCGUUACACCGGAAGAACUAGCACAAUCGAAGACCCCGCUACAGUCGAGAGAUACCGGGCACCUCCAGACGUCGUUCUUGUCAGAAAGCGGCCUCAGUGUGUCUGAAUCUCGCGCGGGGCCAUCGGUACUUCCUCCGGCCCUUAGCAACUCCCAACUAGCAGCUCUGGACACGUUGACACGGGAGGCUAUCGAUGAACGACUACGCAUACUGGAAGGUGUUUCGAAUACCGUUUAUAGGUGCAUCGACGAUUUGAUGAGGAUGAGGAGCGCUCUGCCAGUCGUAUCUGCCCCGCAAACGGAAUCAACAUCUGAGGAGGCAAGCCUGCAAAGAUCCGGUUCGAUGUUACCGCCUGAGGCCAAAUCUGGCUCGGCCAGUGGCGAGAGCCCCGUCCCUACACCUACGACCACUGUAAUAUAA